UCUCCUUCCUCCCAGUGACUGAAGGGGGAGAGAAAAGGAGGAGGAGGAGGAAGGAGCGCAGCUACAUUAUCAACACACACACACACACGCUGGUAUCAUUAGGCUGUGGAAGCUCUGCGGGAGCGGUGGCAAGUCGGUCCAUUGCGCCUCUUCCACUCUGUCUUUCUGGGUUUCUUUGGCUGUUUUAGGACUUUUUGCCUUCAUCUGUCCUCAUCUGAGCAGCUUUGAGGAUGUAUUUGUAGGCAGCUUAUUGUCGCUUCUUGUUAGAACUGCGUUUUGCAGCAGUUGCGCAUCCAUCAGUUACCUUCUCACCUCCACACGGUGUUUUGAUUUUCCCAGCCUACUUUUUAACACUGAAGCUUCAUCUCCACUGGAUCACCAAGGACAUAUUUUUACUUUUAUAAAUGUACUUUUUUAUUCAUUGACUCGUUUUCACAGGACCACAGAUGCAUUUAGACUAAAACAGAUUUGAACUUGUUCUUUAUUUUUUUCUCAUGACUUUAAUCGGUGCUCCGGAUUCUGAUCUCACUCAUCUGGCUCAGAGAUUUAAGCUUUUUUAAUAGUUUGGAGGAAAAACCCGCAAAAAGCUCCUCCUGUUGCUUCAGCGUGAAGACCCACCGGCGGCGCUGCGUUUCCACGCAGCUUUCUCCCAACUCGGUUCUGCUCGGAUCUUGGUGGGAGUUAACCUUCCCGCAGCCGUGCGAGCCAGAAACCCCGAACCUGAAACCCCGAACCAUGCCUCAGCUGUCGGGCGGCGGCGGAGACCCGGAGCUCUGCGCCACGGAUGAAAUGAUUCCGUUCAAAGACGAGGGGGACCCGCAGAAAGAGCAGAUCUUCGCCGAGCUCAGCCACUCGGAGGAGGAGGGGGACCUGGCGGACAUCAAGUCCUCCCUGGUCCACGAGUCGGAGAUCAGCCCCAACAGCAACAGCCACGAUGCAGCUAGACAGUCCCAAAUAGCGCCAGAUUCAUACCAUGAAAAACACAGAGACCAUCCUGAUGAUGGAAAGCACGCAGACUUGUACAGUAAAGGCCACCCAUACCAGGCCUAUCCAGGCUACAUCAUGAUGGGCAACAUGAACAACGACUCCUACAUGAACAACGGCUCCCUGUCACCGCCUAUGGCCAGAACGUCCAACAAAGUUCCCGUCGUGCAGCCGUCCCACGCAGUCCACCCGCUCACGCCGCUGAUCACGUACAGCGACGAGCACUUCGCUCCGGGGUCCCAUUCCGGCCAUCACCCCCAGGAUGGAGGCAACAAACAAGGAAUGCCGAGGCAUCAUCCUGGACCAGACAUGCCCAACUUCUACUCCCUGUCUCCUGGAGGAGUGGGACAGAUCACGCCCCCUCUGGGAUGGUUCUCUCACCACAUGGUGCCCGGCCCCCCUGGCCCCCACGCCACAGGAAUCCCUCAUCCAGCUAUCGUCAACCCGCAGGUCAAACAGGAGCCACCACAUGAAAGUGACAUCAUGCACAUGAAAUCCCAGCACGAACAGAGAAAGGAGCAGGAGCCCAAAAGGCCGCACAUCAAGAAGCCGCUAAACGCCUUCAUGCUCUACAUGAAAGAGAUGCGUGCAAAUGUGGUCGCCGAGUGCACACUGAAGGAGAGCGCCGCCAUCAAUCAGAUCCUGGGACGAAGGUGGCAUGCUUUAUCUCGGGAAGAGCAAGCUAAGUAUUAUGAGUUAGCCCGCAAGGAACGGCAGCUCCACAUGCAGCUCUACCCCGGCUGGUCCGCUCGAGACAACUAUGGGAAGAAGAAGAAGCGGAAGAGGGAGAAGAUGCAGGAAACGGCCACAGGUACAGGCCAGAGAAUGAAAACGGCGUACAUCUGAGAAUAUGGAGGAAAGAGGAAUAACUUCUCCACGUGCAAAGCAAAGGCAGCAGCGAUGGGCCCUCUGCUUGAGAUGGAGGCCUGUUAGAUUCCAUGAAGACCCUAAAAUCUCCAAACUGAAGCCUCCAGUUUUCAGAGGACUCCCCUCUCCACCUCUACCACACCUAACAACCCGCCCCCCACACACACACCUUCAUCACAGCCACACCAGAACAGAUGUACCUCCUCCCACACCUCCAGAAGGCCACUCUGCUUUGGAGACGCUGAACUGAACAAGACAAUCAUGAUUUGCAGGAGCACCAUCAUGUGACUGCAACCUAACACCAGAACCCCAGAAACCCACCCGUCUGUCUUCUCUUUUCCGAGGGCACUGCACUGAAAAACCGCAGCACAGACUCCUUCACCGGCACUAAAUUAUUCUAACUUAUUUGUCACCUGUUCCUUUUGUAUAGUCCAGUAGGCCCACUCUCAGACUCCCGUCCUUCUCUCUCUUCGAUCUCACUGGAAAUGUUUUGGAGACCUUUCGGGUCUCCACCCGACUGACCAAACAUCUCUUUGUUUUGUUGUUUUUGAAAGACUGCACUAAGGAAGACGGGAUCUCGUCUCGUCUCACCCAACGUCCCGAGGUUUUAAUGUGUCGCUGACCAAGCUGAUGCGGGGAAAAAAGGAUGAACAUUUUGACUCUUUCUGUCUUUGCUUUAGACUGAAUUUUAUUUUGAAUGCUUUUGUUUUUGUAUCUUGUUUCAUCUUCUCGGUGUAUAUUUUAGUGAUUUUUGUUUUUUUUUAUAGUGGUAUAUAUAAAAAAUAAGCUUUGGACACAAGAAAGCCAUUUUUCUUGUUGGAGUGUCUUGCAGAAAAAUUGAAACGUAAGGCUUCUUUUGAUAACUAUUUGUAACAAAUAGUGACCUCGGGUCGGCUCGGAUGUAACAUAAACGCUCGGUAUGUGUACUUUUUAAAAAACUGUCAGGAUAUGUCGGAUUUUCUGGAUAUUUUUGCAGGCUACAUCAGGACACGGGCAGGAGUAACAGCUCAGAGGCCUAUAUUUUAUUGCUCUGAAACAUGACAAAUGAAGCAGAUAUAUAUAUUUACCCCAGCACUUGACAGUCUUUCUUUUAUUGCAAUGGACCUUUUGUCUUUUCUCUCUCUGGUAGCUAAUAGUGUGGUCUUUUUAGCCAUGUUGUUUAUUCCAUCUCUGUAACAUUUUUAUUUUUUAUUUUGAUGCUCUAUUUUAGCAUUACUUGACAAAUUAAUUUUUUUAUCAUUAUUAUAUUUCAGGUCACUGUUAUCUUGGAAGAGCAUUUUGCUUCCCAGGAGGUCAUAUUUGAAUUGUUUCAACAUGUUUUUUGUUCUUUUUUUUAAGAAAAUAAAAAGGCACCAUUGUCUCA